AUGCGUCUGGCAUACACCGCAGUGACCACUCUGGCUGCUCUGCUGUAUUGCAGCGACUCAGUCCCGGCUGCUGGUGACCCGAAAGCUGUUCUCAAGCACGACGUCUCUCAGUUUGUGGCUCGCAGGACGUAUGGUGACGACUACAGAGUGAACACCAAGAGGCUGCUGAGGAACGCUCAUGCGCAAGGUGACUCUGAUGAUUUACUGGUCACUGAGGAGAGAGGUCUACCAUCUUCAAUUUUCGGCGUCACUAGUGGAAUCCCUCAAAAAUUUGCUUCGACUAAAAACGUCGUGGCGGAUGGGGUGAAAACUGCGGCCAAGAAGAUGGAGGACAAGAUGACCGAAUUGAUCAUGAAGCUUGAUCCGUACGGGAAGAAGCUGAUGAAGAACUCUAAGUUCAAGGCAUUUAUGAAACAUUACAACACGCUUUUCCGCCGCAAGUCGACGGUUAAGGACGCUAAGAAGCCGACGACCACGACUGGGAAUACCAACACCGUGAAAGACAAGGGCGAGGCAACAGAGAAUGGUGGGGCCCACAUUACGCAUGAUACCAAGCCAGAGACGAAUGUCGGACACACUACGCGUGAUGACAUGCCACCGGUGACCACAAUAUCUCACUCCGAGACUGUCGGCCAGCCAAAGGUGAACCAUAACGAUCUAGUUCCCCCGAAAAAGGAAAACAAACCAAAAGAAUCUCCGAAGGAUACGAAGAAGGACGAUGAGGAUGAAUUUUUCGAUGCAGUAUCCCAUUUGUAG